GCAACUCCCGGCGCACGAAGUCCGGCAGAAAGAGGCCCGGCGGGAGCGUACGUUCCACGCGGCCCCAGUGCAGCUCAGCGUGCAGGCUGCUGCCUUCCGGCCACUGCGUCCCGCUCUCGACCGCCGCCAGCCCCGCAUCUGCGGGCUCCUGAAGCGACGGCCCUGGGUAGCCGGGCGCUGGGAACGGCGGUUGCAGGGCCACAGCGUAGGCCUGCGGGAAGGCCCACAAGGGCAGCGUGAUCACUAGCGUCGCGCCUGUGGCGUGGAAGCAGUGGUAUUCCCGCGGAGCCGCCCACUCGCCCGCGCUCAGGCUCGGGGGCCGGCUGCAGAAGUUGUGGGCCUGAAUGGGGGGCAGCCGCGGAGGGGCGGGCAGGUGGAGUUAUCCUAACAUUUGAGUGAAGCUCCUGCACACCAGGCACUGAAUCAAGUUGCUUAUGAGCAUCUAACUUCAAGUUUACAUCAACCUUAGGAAUGAGGGCAAGCGCCCGUAACAAAUAUGGCGGCGGCAUCCUCGGGCGCGAGCACCUGCCGAAGCAGCGGUCCCGGAGCCACGCGGAGCCAAUCGCUGGGCAGGAGCGGAAGAAGGGGCUGGAGAAGCUGCUGGAGGCCUGCGCGCAGGCGCACUGGCUGGCACCUGGCUUCGGGCAGCCGCGGGAUUAGGCUUCGCCUGCCACAAUUUCGGGACAAGGAUGGCCAGACUGCCCGUGGCCAUGAGCGCUCCUCAGUACUCCUGGGGCUGAGGCUGGGCUGGCCGCCAUGGGGCUGGGUGGGCCCUGGGCCUGGCUGCUGGGCCUGCCCACGGCCAUGGUCUAUGGCUCCCUGGCCCUCUUCAUCUCUGUCCUGCACAACGUGUUCCUGCUUUACUACGUGGACACCUUUGUCUCAGUGUACAAGAUCAACAAAGCUGCCUUCUGGGUCGGAGAGACGGUGUUUCUCCUCUGGAACAGCCUCAAUGACCCCCUGUUCGGCUGGCUGAGUGACCGUCAGUUCCUCAGCUCCCAGCCCCGGUCAGGCGCCAGGCUCUCCUCGAGGGCCGUGGUGCUGGCACGGGUGCGGGCGCUGGGCUGGCAUGGGCCGCUGCUGGCGCUGUCGUUCCUGGCGUUCUGGGUGCCGUGGGCCCCAGCUGGCCUGCAGUUCUUGCUGUGCCUGUGCCUCUAUGAUGGCUUCCUGACGCUCGUGGACCUGCACCAUCAUGCCUUGCUGGCUGACCUGGCCCUCUCAGCCCACGACCGCACCCACCUCAACUUCUACUGCUCCCUCUUCAGUGCAGCUGGCUCCCUGUCUGUCUUUGCCUCCUACGCCUUCUGGAACAAAGAAGACUUCUCUUCCUUCCGCGCCUUCUGCCUGGCACUGGCCGCUGGGUCUGGGCUGGGCUUUGUGGGGGCCACACGGCUGCUGAGAUGGCGGGUGGAGGCGGCCAGCAGGGAACCGGGAUGCCCAACCCUGGCUGUGGAUGGCGGCCUGUGUGAAGAAGAAGAGCUGCUUCUUGGCGGCGAGGAGAUGGGCAGCAUCACCUUGGGCCAGUACCUUCGGCAGCUGGCCCGCCACCGGAACUUCCUGUGGUUCGUGGGCAUGGACCUGGUGCAGGCUCCGGACGCGCAGGCUCAGCGGCCAUGGCUCACGGGCCUAGCCGCUCUACGGCAUGUGGGAUCUUCCCGGACCGGGGCACGAACCCGUGUUCCCUGCAUCGGCAGGCGGACUCCCAACAACUGCGCCACCAGGGAAGCCCUGGUUUCAGGUUUUGUUCUGGUCUUUCACUGCCACUUCAACAGCAACUUCUUCCCCCUCUUCCUGGAGCAUCUGUUGUCAGACCACAUCUCCCUCUCCACUGGCUCCUUCCUGUUGGGCAUCUCCUAUGUCGCUCCGCAUCUCAACAAUCUCUACUUCCUGCCCCUGUGCCGGCGCUGGGGCGUCUACGCUGUGGUGCGCGGGCUCUUCCUGCUCAAGCUGGGCCUGAGCCUGCUCAUGCUGUGCGCUGGCCCCGACCGCCCUGGCCUGCUCUGCCUCUUCAUUGCCAGGUAUGCCCUGCCCUCCUUCGUCCCCACACCUCUGUCCCACCCCUUCAUUUUUGUCUGCUCUCUCUCCGCCGGCAGCAACCGUGUCUUCACUGAGGGCACCUGUAAGCUGUUGACCUUGGUGGUCACUGACCUGGUGGACGAGGACCUGGUGCUGAACCACCGCAAGCAGGCGGCCUCAGCACUUCUCUUUGGCAUGGUGGCCUUGGUGACCAAGCCAGGCCAGACCUUCGCCCCGCUGCUGGGCACCUGGCUGCUGUGCUUCUACACAGGUCAUGAUCUCUUCCAGCAGCCCGCACUGACGCCUGUGGGGAGUGCCCAGCCCUGGCCAGAGCCCCCGGCUCCACCCCCACCACAGGCCCCGACGCUCCGCCAGGGCUGCUUCUACCUGCUGGUGCUGGUUCCCCUCACCUGUGCUCUGCUGCAGCUGUUCACCUGGUCCCAGUUCACGCUGUAUGGGAGACGCCUGCAUGCGGUCAAAGCCCAGCGUCAGAACCUGUCACGGGCCCAAACCCUGGACAUUAAGAUGGUGUGAGGGGAGCGGCAAGGCCACCCUGCUGAGGACACUACCUGCAGCCCUGGGCGGCCAGUCUCUUUCACCUUCCUGGGGUGCAGCCUGGAGGACAGAUGGCGGAGUGGGAGCUCCUGGGGCUGCGCAGGGAGCGUCACUGAGGUCUAAGUUCCUGCUUGGCUGUCGGGCUCAGCUUGGGCAAGGGUUGGGGCGUUUGUGCUCAGGGACCCGCUUCCUCCUAUGCGGCAGGAGGAAGAAGAGGAUCACGAAGGGAGGGGGCCCGCCCUGUGGUCACGUGGGGUUGCUGUGGGCACAGAGGCCUAUCCUCCUUCCUGGCUGGGGCUGGCGCCCUAUGUGGGCUCGGAAACCACUUUGGCCUAGUCAGAGGAAACUGAGUCCCACCUGCCCCUUGCGGUGGCUUCUCUCAGAACUCUCUGCCUCAGCUGUGCGUGGAGUAGCGCGCCCCAGCUGCUGCAGGGCACCCGCGUCCCCAGCUGGCCUCUCAGCAAUGUUCAUUUCAUCACAGACUGAUCGAAGUCGGUCAUUUCUAUUCCCA